GUGGAUAAAAAAGUCGCAUGAAGCAAUCAAAAUAAAAGUGCAUGGUGCAUGGCCUAAUAAACACAAAUCCCGUCAUUUACGAUCAGUUGAAUCAAAAUGGGAAGAAAGCUUAAUAAAGAUUUGUAAAAUAGAAUACUUUUGUUUUAGCCAAGCAAUAUCUUUAACCUAACUUGAGAAACAGACUAAGAGAUUUUAUAUAAUUGAUUUCACAUGAAAGAAAUCAAUAUUGACAAUAAAAUGGUCAAUAAAAACAUCAGUGGCAGUCCUCCGCUACCAGCAGAUAAACUACCAGAAUGUUGGAAUCAAGAAGAGAGAAUGAGUGCGUUAUUCUCACCAUUUCGCAGUAAAUCAGCCAAUCCACAAGAUUGGAUUUCUAAAUACAAAUUCUGGCAUAAUUUGAUAUACGAAUGGCUAGCACAUACUAUGCAAUGCAGUUUUUCUGUUAUUGAUUUAAAUGAAGCUUUUAAAAGAAGAGGUUGUACACCUCUUUGUCUGGUUACCGUCAUUGAAGAACUUGUCAGAAAUAAUGAAAUAAUGCACGAGACAGAUUUUUUACAAGAACCAUGUGAAACAUGGACAGCAUGGUCAAUUGAUAUAUUUGUAAAAAAACCAAUUAGCUGGUCUUUCUCCAAAGUAAAGAAUUAUAUAGUAGGCCAGAAUGCAAAUAACACCGAAGUGAGAUACAUACACUUGCGAAUUGUUCGUGAAUUGGGUGAUAUUAUUCUUUCCAUUGCUGACAUUAAAAAAGAUAAUGUUUUAUUCACGAUUUCUGAAAUAGUGAGAUAUUGUGAGAGCAAAACUAAGAAACAAAUUUCAGAGAAUACAGUGAGAUUAGUGUUGGAGUGGUUAAGACGUAGAAAAAAAGUUGCUUUUAGAAAAAAUUUUAAUUCAAAUAGUGAAUUACUUGUUAAAAUUUCUACACAAACAGUAAAUGAAAUUACAGAAAUAGAAGAAGGCACUUAUAAACUGCUGAAGCAAGAAAAUGAGCUGGUCAAAGAGAUAGAACUUAUGGAGCAAGAGAAACUCAAUAUUAUCAAUGAAGCAAAAUCAUAUUUGGCAAAAGAAUUGCGCCAGACGGCAAAAACAUGCUUAAGAAGAAAAGUGGAAUUAGAAAAGACAAUAGAAAAGCGUGCUCAAGCUCUUGCAAACCUACGCACUCUAAUCAGCAAUAUUGGAAAUGCACAUUCAAAUUCUGCUGUAUUGUCUGCUUACAAGACUGGAUCUGAUGUAUUGAAAAAAAUUGGACAAAAGGGUUUAACGGAAUAUGAUGUUAGAGAUGUUAUGGAUGACAUUAACGAAAUUCUAGAAGAAAAAAAAGAAAUAGACUCAGUUUUAUCUGAGACAUUAAAUCUCACAGACUCGGAUACCGAGUUGGAAAAAGAAUUAGCAGAAUUAUUGGAUGAAGACAAUGUAAAUAUUCCUAAUACAGUUUCUGAAUCAAAUCCAGAAAACAAAUUGGAGCAACGUUUGCAAGAUUUACGCAUGGAAGGUUUAGUUUCACCUGACAAAAACAUAACUGUACCAGCUGUACCAUCCCAUAAGGAAAGGGCAUUAAAGAAACCUCAAUAUUUCUAAGAUGCAACAAUAGAGCAUAAUAAUAUAAUUGUAUAAUAACUUCAUCUCUUGUCUCUUAAAUAUUUCAUUGCAUGUACGAAAAAUAAUUUAUAUAUAUGAAUACAUGUAUAUUAUGUAUAAAGGAAAUAAAAAAGAAAAU